GUUCCCACACAAUUUCAUUUCUUCACUCCAAACCCAUGAAAAAGGGACUCUGAUUUGUACUUAUAUAAAAUCUUGGAAUAAAGGCCAAAAAAACUUCGCAAAAAUCCAACGAGUGAAGACCAGCAAUAAGCCCUUGAGAGAGAGCCACGCAUGUGUUUCUAAACCACAUCCACUCCUUCCCCCGAAAUUACCAGACUACCCCCUUUCUCUCUCCUUCAUCCGCGGCAUCUCCUGUGCCACUCCCCACCUUUUUAUAAUACCCUUAUCCCUCCACACUUUAGAAAAUCAAUCUGAUUCGUAGAUGGCAGCAUUAUCAGCAUGCAUGGUGGGAAGUGCUUUAUCUGCCCAUGUCACUAAAUCAUUUUCGGGAAAGGAAAUCAAUGGAAAGCGCCUUUUUGCGUCCUCUAGCCUCCCGCCGUUGGGCAGAGCAUCAAAAACAGUUCUUGUGAGAGCGUCUCUUGAUCAAAGCCAGCAUGAAAGAAGAAGAGGCUUUCUUAAGUUGUUGCUUGGAAAUGCAGGACUUAGUUUACCCACAUUGCUGGGUGGUGGGAAUGCCUAUGCAGAUGACCAAGGGGUUUCUUCCUCCAGAAUGUCUUAUUCCAGGUUCCUGGAAUAUUUGGACAAGGACAGGGUGAAAAGAGUAGAUUUAUAUGAGAAUGGAACCAUAGCUAUUGUUGAGGCUCUUUCUCCUGAAUUGGGAAAUCGGGUGCAAAGAGUUCGGGUCCAACUCCCUGGACUAAGCCAGGAGCUCCUUCAGAAAUUCAGGGAAAAAAACAUUGAUUUUGCCGCUCACAACGCUCAAGAAGACUCAGGGUCUGUAUUAUUCAACUUGAUUGGAAAUCUGGCCUUCCCAUUACUCUUAAUAGGGGGUCUAUUCUUUCUCUCUAGACGUUCAUCUGGUGGAAUGGGGGGUCCUGGUGGACCUGGGUUCCCUCUUUCCUUUGGUCAAUCCAAAGCCAAGUUUCAAAUGGAACCUAACACUGGCGUGACAUUUGACGAUGUUGCCGGUGUAGAUGAAGCAAAGCAAGAUUUCAUGGAGGUGGUGGAGUUUCUGAAGAAGCCUGAGAGGUUCACUGCUGUUGGGGCCCGUAUCCCUAAAGGAGUGCUUCUUAUUGGCCCCCCAGGAACUGGGAAGACCCUUCUGGCCAAGGCGAUUGCUGGAGAAGCAGGCGUUCCUUUUUUUUCCAUUUCAGGUUCCGAGUUUGUGGAGAUGUUUGUGGGUGUUGGUGCCUCCAGAGUCCGCGAUCUUUUCAAAAAGGCCAAGGAGAAUGCUCCUUGCAUUGUCUUUGUCGAUGAAAUUGAUGCUGUUGGGCGGCAGAGAGGAACCGGAAUUGGAGGGGGAAAUGACGAAAGAGAACAGACCCUUAAUCAGCUGUUGACAGAAAUGGACGGGUUUGAAGGAAACACGGGUAUCAUCGUGAUUGCAGCGACUAACCGUGCAGAUAUUCUGGACUCUGCCUUAUUAAGGCCAGGAAGAUUUGAUAGACAGGUUGCUGUGGAUGUUCCGGACAUCAGGGGAAGAACAGAGAUCUUAAAGGUUCACGGUAGCAAUAAGAAGUUUGAUGCUGACGUGUCACUUGAAGUGGUAGCCAUGAGAACUCCCGGUUUCAGUGGGGCCGAUCUUGCGAACCUCUUGAAUGAGGCAGCUAUAUUGGCUGGUCGACGUGGGAAAUCUGCAAUUUCAUCUAAAGAGAUUGAUGAUUCAAUUGAUAGGAUUGUGGCUGGAAUGGAAGGAACAGUUAUGACAGAUGGCAAGAGCAAAAGCUUGGUUGCAUACCAUGAGGUCGGACAUGCAAUUUGCGGAACUCUUACCCCAGGGCAUGAUGCUGUCCAAAAAGUCACCCUUGUUCCACGUGGUCAGGCUCGGGGUCUUACAUGGUUUAUCCCUGCAGAUGACCCCACUUUGAUUUCGAAGCAACAGCUAUUUGCAAGAAUUGUUGGUGGACUUGGCGGGAGAGCUGCUGAGGAAAUAAUCUUUGGUGGGCCUGAGGUGACAACAGGUGCAGCUGGUGAUUUGCAACAGAUCACUAGUUUGGCCAGACAGAUGGUGGUCACAUUUGGGAUGUCUGAAAUCGGUCCAUGGUCACUUAUGGACCCCUCCGGUCAGAGUGAUGUGAUCAUGAGAAUGAUGGCGAGAAAUUCAAUGUCAGAAAAGCUUGCCGAAGACAUUGAUUCUGCAGUGAAGAGGAUUUCGGAUAGUGCAUACGAGAUUGCCUUGAGGCACAUAAAGAACAACCGCGAGGCUAUGGACAAGAUUGUGGAAGUCCUACUAGAGAAGGAAACGAUGACUGGUGAUGAAUUCCGUGCAAUCCUCUCCGAAUUCGUUGAAAUCCCAGUUGAAAACCGAGUCGCGGCUACGGUGCCGUCUCCAGUCGCUGUAUAAAUAGCAUAUGUUAAUUUUGCAAAUUCAAUUUACACUUCUCAUACGUCUUCAAUAGUUUGAAUGUAUCAUUGUGUAAUCUUGGUUUAUAUGUAGGAAUAACUAUUAGCUGCUUACUAAUUUGAGGGUAUUUUUGCACUGCUUUCCCUUUAAA